GCUACGAUGCAUGUAUACUAUGGAGAAUCUUGUUCAAUAUUUGUUAUGGUUCUGAAACACACAACAUUCUGCGCAGCAGAUAUUAUUUUGUUUGUUAAUUUACGAAAGAAUUGUUGCGACUGAAUGUCCAGUAACAGCCUCGAGCUUAACUAAGGAUAUGCUAAUCACUGGUCCUCAAUUAAAGCGCAGUUUAACAAAGUGUCCCAGAGCGCGGCGCACUCGGAGCUCAGGGCUAACGCUAACGCUAGCGCGGUGAGCUAGUCUGCUGCAGGCGGUGCACGGUUUGCGGACUUGACGUUUCUAACCACAGUGACAUCAUUUGCUGCUGGUGCAUCAACACCAUAAGCCAUCCUCCAUGGCUCAGUUCGGAGGACAGAAGAACCCUCCGUGGGCGGCCCAGUUCGCUGCAACUGCGGUGUCUCAGCCCGGACACUCGGCACAGUCCCUUGACUUGAACAGUUUACACUCUUUGGGUGUUCAGCAGCCAUCUCUUUUAGGUGCUUCCCCCUCCAUGUACUCCCAGCAGUCAGCCUUGGCUGCAGCGUCCCUCAACACGCAGUCCGCUGCCAAUUACCAGAUUUCUCAGCAGACUGCGGCUCUCCAGCAGCAGGCAGCCGCAGCUGCUGCAGCUGCACUGCAACAGUCUCAGAUCAAUUCAGCCCUGCAGCAGUACCAGCAGCAGCAACAGCAGCAGCAGCAACAGCCACCUCAAGCUCCCCCACCACAGCCACCUCCGCAACAGACACUCUACAAUGUCCCACAUCAGCUCCCACAGCCUCAGCCUGCUCUGCUUUCACAGCCCCCUGUUGCUUUGCAGACCAGUAUGAGUUUGUCGAACCCACAGCAGACGGCACAGAUCACAGUAUCGUACCCGACCCCCCGCUCCAGCCAUCAGCAGCAGACUCAACCACAAAAACAACGUGUCUUCACUGGGGUUGUCAACAAGCUGCACGAUACAUUUGGGUUUGUGGAUGAAGAUGUAUUCUUUCAGUUAAGUGCUGUAAAGGGAAAAACACCCCAAGUGGGUGACCGUGUUCUGGUGGAGGCUGUCUAUAAUCCCAACAUGCCCUUCAAAUGGAACGCCCAGCGCAUACAGACUUUACCUCAGUUACCCAACCAAACGCACCAGGCGGCCCAGCCCUUACCUCAAGUUUCCCCACAGCUGUCCAGCUUUUACUCUGACGCAGGAGUACAACGCUACACUGACACAUACACAGCGGUGGAUUCAAGACCAAAUAGCCAGCCUCCUGCUCCCAACAUGAUGAAGCCAGGCCCUUCCAUGAUUCAGUCUCUACCUCCACCCACCACGUUCAAUGUGCCGGCACAGGGUCCCCCUCCCUCGCUGCUUCAGGCGCAGCUUUCAGCAGCCUCUCUCGCACCAUUGCUUCAGAAUCCUCCCCAGCCUCUCCUUCCUCAGCCACCUCCAAAAGAUUCAGUCUUUUCAGGGGGGUUACUUCAGCCUCCCGUGCGGAUGAUGCCCCAGCCUCAGCCUGUGAGACGCAUAGAGCCGUCUCCUCGCUUUCCCAGCCGCAAUGAUCGACCAGAGCUCAUUCUGAGGAAAGAAGACAGAAGUCGGGAGAGAGACCGAGAGCGGAGGCGAUCCAGAGAUCGUUCCCCAACUCGCAAGCGCUCAAGGGACCGGUCACCUCGAAGAGAUCGUUCUCCAAGACGUCCACGCAGAGUUGUACCUCGAUAUACUGUACAGUUCUCCAAGUUCUCCCUGGAUGGAUAUAACUGUGACAUGAUGGAGCUUCGACGGAGGUACCAAAGUCUUUACAUCCCAAGUGACUUCUUUGAUGCUGUAUUCACCUGGGUGGAUGCCUUUUCCUUAUCACGACCAUUUACUUUUGGAAACUACUGUAACUUCCAUAUCAUGCAUAAAGAAGUGGACUCUUUAGUGAAGAACACCGCUGUACUGGACCCUCCUGAUGCCAAUCAUACCUACAGUGCUAAGGUGAUGCUGCUUGCAAACCCCAGUCUUGAUGAACUAUAUCACAAGUCUUGUGCCUUGGCUGAUGAUCCACAAGAGCUGAGGGACUCUUUCCAGCACCCAGCCCGUCUCAUUAAGUUCUUGGUUGGGAUGAGGGGCAAAGAUGAGGCCAUGGCGAUUGGUGGCCACUGGUCUCCAUCCCUGGAUGGAGCUGACCCAGAGAACGAUGCCUCAGUCCUUAUCAAAACAGCAAUACGUUGUUGUAAGGCUCUGACAGGCAUUGAUCUGAGUUUGUGUACCCAGUGGUAUCGUUUUGCAGAGAUUCGCUAUCACCGCCCUGAGGAGACUCACAAAGGGCGGACAGUUCCCGCACAUGUGGAGACAGUGGUUUUAUUUCUCCCGGAUGUUUGGCAUUGUCUUCCUACCCGCUCAGAGUGGGAAGGACUGUCCCGCGGACUCAAGGAGCAGCUGGCAGAGAAACUCUUGGCUGAACGGAAGGAGGCUGAUGGAGAACAGGAGGAAGAGGAGAAAGAUGACGACGAUUCCAAAGAGGUUACUGCCCCCACUCACUGGUCUAAACUCGAUCCGAAGUCUAUGAAGGUGAACGAUCUGCGUAAGGAACUGGAGAACCGAUCUCUGAGCUCCAAAGGAUUGAAGUCCCAGUUGAUAGCUCGGCUCACUAAGCAACUGAAGGUGGAGGAGCAAGUGGAGGAAUCUAAAGAGCCUGAGAAGGUUGAGCCUACCAGUGUGGAGGAGGAGGAGCCCUGCAGAACGGAGGAAGAUCGUGAGGUGAAAGAUAACUUGAAACUUGAUUUCACUCAUAUUCGGAACAUGUCGACUCAAAUUGAAGAGGAACGUAAGCGUCAAGAGGAGUUGGAGCGUCAGCGUAGGGAAAGGCGUUACGUUCUCCCAGAUGAGCCCACAAUCAUCGUUCACCCCAACUGGGCAGCCAAGAAUGGCAAAUUUGACUGCAGCAUCAUGUCUCUAAGUGUGCUGUUGGACUACAGGCUGGAGGACAACAAAGAGCACUCCUUUGAGGUCUCAUUGUUUGCCGAACUUUUCAAUGAAAUGCUUCAAAGAGACUUUGGCUACAGGAUCUACAGAGCUCUUAACGCCCUCCCGAGUAAGGAUGAGAAAAAGGAAAAGAAAGAUAAGGCAAGGAAAGAUGCCGAGAGAAAAGAGGUGGACAGGAGGGAUAUAAAGAAGGAGAAAGAGGACGAGAAUGCUGAGCCAGUCUCAAAAAGACCAAGAGAAGAGGAAGAUAGGAAGCGGGACGAAGACAAGGAGAGGACUUUGAAGAAAGAAGAAUCCAAAGAUGACGACGAUAACGAAGAUGAAAGCAGCAAUAACAAUGCUGACGAGUAUGAUCCUAUGGAGGCUGAGGAUGCUGAUGAAUAUGACGAUGAAGAUAAAGACGAUGAGGAUUCCAGUGGGAGGGAUCGGAGGGAUGACCGCCGCGAUGAUAGAAAAUCAAGAGAUAGAUCAUCUAAAGAUAAAGAUGACAAAAAGAAGCAGAUGGUCACAUAUGACAAAGAUCUCCUAAUGGCUUUUGUGUACUUUGACCAAAGCCACUGUGGCUACCUACUGGAGAAGGACCUGGAGGAAAUUAUGUACACACUAGGCUUGCAUCUCUCCAGAGCUCAGGUAAAGAAACUGUUGAGUAAGCCAUUAGUGAAGGAGAGCUGCUACUACCGAAAGCUAACGGACCGAGCCAAAGAUGAGACUGGUCCAAUAUGGACAGCUGAUUCUCAACUCGAGAACUCCUUGGGUAAUCGACCUCUGCUGCCCAGUCAGAAGACAAAGCGAGAGAUGGCGGACAGUGACUCGGGCAGCCUUAUCGUUUAUAAUGGCGCUAUGGUAGACGUAGGCAGCAUGCUACAGAAACUGGACAAGAGUGAGAAAGCCAGAGAGGAGAUUGAACAGAAACUCAUGCAGCAGGACACUAAAAUGGACGAAGAUGCAAAAAAAAUAUCAGAAAUGGAGUCAACUAACCGCAGUCUGAUGAGAGAACUGGAGCAGGUGAAAUCCAGCCUGAGAGAGACAGAAAAGAGUCUCCGAGCGUGUGAACAGCAGAAGAGCAGCUACCAGAAGCAGCUUCGCAGCACUCUGCUGAGCCUCGGCACAGUAAUGAAGGAUCUGCAGAAUGUCUUACCUAACGAUGAUCAUCCUGAAGAUGGUGGCCAGAAAACUCAAAUUAAUGGCUCAGAUGACUGAAUUACCAUUGCACGUGUCUGUGACCUAUUAACAUGUUUAAACCUGUAAAUAAGCACUAAACUCGUUUAAUUAGAAGUUGUGGGGGGGGGGUUUGUACAAAUUUUAAAGACCGAGGAGGUCAUGCUGGUUUAGUUUUCUCCUCAUAAUGUUUGUUUUUUUUUUCCCCAGACUUUCUACAUAAUUUAUGUUAAUUUCAUUCAGUACAAGGCUUAUCCAGUUCAUUUGUGAUUAUUUAAUUCUUGUUCUAAUAUGAUAAGUGUCAUUGAUUUCAGAGUUCUAGCAAAAAAAUUUCUUUUUCUUUUUUGGUUGCCAGUAAUCUUUUCUUUUCUGUCAAAGUUCUAUCAGUUUGCUUGGAGGUAUGAGUGAUUUAUCUAAGUUUAAUUAGCAAUAAUGAUGUUAUUUAUAUGUACAAAGUAUGUAGAACAGGUUAAAAGGUUUAUUUCACAUUAGAACCUGGGUAGAAUUAUGUAUCGGAUGGCGAGCCAGGCUCAGGGUAGAUAUCUUUUAUUGUACUGAUGCCACAGAUCUUUUUGUUUUGUGUGUAAUAUCUUUGCCAACACUUUGCUAACUUGCUGCUAUCCUGUUGGUUGAUAUGCAUGCAUCAUCAUAGAUGCAUAUUUGCUUAAUCCUGACAGUUCGGAGUAUGUUCUGUGAUCUUUUGGUAUCCAGUGAGGACGGUACUGUGUGCAUGUAAAAAAAAAAUUAUUAUUAUUUUUUUUUUUCCAUUUCAAAAGUUAAUUCUGACACAAAAGCUAAAAAUAAUGUUUCUGAUAUAGUGGUUAUUGUAAUAAACUUAGCUCUGGCUCUGUAUACUUCAGAGGAAUCCUAAAGUACUCUACAGAAUAUUCCAGAAUUGUAGUUUGUGUGAAUGUGAAAAAUGUUUUUCCCAUAUUAUUUUUCUCUGUUCGGGCAUCAUCUUUCGCAGCUGGCUACAGUUGGUGGGUUAUAGGGAAACCGGGGGGGGGGCAAACUUAGUAACAAUUAGCCCAAAGCAACCAAGUGCAUAUUAUUUUUCUAAUACAGAUGUACUACCAUGGUUGUUCUGUGUAAAAUAAAGAAUUAAAUGGUUCAUUUUAACUUUUCA